CCGCCCCGGAGGGAAGAAGAGCCCGGCUCUGCGGCAGCCGCCGCCUGUUACCAUGGCGACGGGGCCUGAGUCCCCCGGGCGGGGGGGGAGGAGGAAGCGGCGGCGGCGGCAGCAGCAGAGGCGCCGGCCAGGGCUAGGUCAUGGAUGCUAAGAAGCUAGAGGUGGCUCAGAAGAAGAUUCCUGCUGUCCCCCCUUGUGUGCUUCUGCCUGAGUAGGAGAACCAGGAGAAUAACCCUAAAUCUGCAUGCCAGAUAAACUGAGGGGAGCUCUGAUGACUGGUGGUCAUCACCUUCCCCUUCAUGCUACCCGCUUGUUGCUGAAGAGGCUGCAUGUACCCGGGGAGCUCUGCCUGCAGGGGCAUGGGAUCUUGCUCCGUCCGUCUCAAGGUGAGCAAAGUGAGACAGGCCUAAGCAAGUGCAGACUUCUUCAGAGAGGGAGCCGGCCUUCUCGGUGGUGUAGGUUGCCGUGCUCAAAAUGGAGCCCCGGACAGAGAAGGGAGAUGAGGGUGAGAAUGUGAGGAUCACCUCCCAGCUGCUGAAAGCCAAGACGGGUGAGUUUGACCUGGAGUCCAUCUUGCUGCUGAAGCUGCGAGGCCUGGGCAUCAUGGACCUGGGUUGCCUGGGGGAGUGUGUCAGCCUCGAGUGGCUGGACCUGUCAGGAAACGCCAUCACCCACCUGGGGCCGCUGUCCUCCCUCAAGGCCCUGGCCGUCCUCAACAUCUCCUCCAACCGCAUCACCAGCCUGGAGCCCCUCAGUGGCUGCGAGAACCUGCAGAGCCUCAACGCAGCUGGCAAUUUGCUGAGCAGCCUCCAGCAGCUGCAGGGCCUGGCAGGGCUGCGGCAUCUGGAGAGCCUGCGCUUCACCAAUCCCGUGGGACGCCUCAGCAACCCUCUCUGCACCUCCAUCGGAUACCGCGUGGCCAUGUUGGAGAUGUUCCCUGGUGUCAAAGUGAUCGAUGGUGAGAGGGUCUUGGGGCGUGGCAGCGAGCUCUACCAGCUCUGCAAGGACCUCGACAACUCCCUCAAACGCUUCUCCAGCACCAGUGGUGCUGGCAUCACUGAGCUGGCCAGCUUGACCAAGCCCUGGGUAGAGGAGGGCUACUGGGACCUUCAUCCAGCCCGAAGGAGCUCCAUCAUGGAAGAGGCCUACAAGCAGUUCAACGAGGUUCUCCAGGAGUGUCGGGAACUGAGCAAGCGAGCCGACGACACCAUUUCCCAGGUGGAGCGGGCCCUCAACAUCCGCCCGGACUCCAGCUCCUAUGUGUUUUAAGCGGCCCUGGGCACAAAGCUCCUUCCCCUGGCUUCAUCAGGCUGUGUCUCUGAUGUUGCCAUUGAUCUCAUGGUUCUUUGGUGCCUCUACCUCUCACUGGCCCAGGCGCAAAACAGAGUGACUUGCUUCGGUAUGAGGUGGGUCUGAGCACUUUGCUGAACACCUCCCCUCUUUCCCACACAGCACAGUGGCACCAGACCCCCAGGGGGAGGCCCAGCCAGUCCCAUCAAUGAAGAGGCUUCUCUGGUUCCCCUUGCCCUCUACCUCCUGUGAAAACCUGCAGGUGAGCCCUCCAGUAACAGGAGAUUUGGGAGUUGUCUUUACGUCAGUGGUAUUUCUGGAAAGGAUCAUCAGUUACAUUCUCCAGUGUCAGCCCAGCUCAGCUCACCUUUGGAGCUUUUGGUUCUGCAUAGUCUUAAGUAAUUUUGAGUGCCAUGAUGCCCACUCACUUGUUUGCCUCUUUGGAAAUCGUAGCUGGAAGGCUCCAGUUGAAUUCUCAUCACCUUUGCCAAAUGGCAGCUCCCAGGUUUUGGGGGGAAGUUGUGGCACUUCAACCAACUGGGACCCAUAUGAUUGAAGUCUUGACUCUGGUGGGAUGGGCUAGGAUCACCAUUCAUUUCCCCUCACAGCUUUUGUGGAUCUGUCUGGACUUAAGAGUUGGGGCCACUGAAUAAUACCUAACAAAUAACCCUCUCAAAAUCCAUUUUCCCCCCACACCUGGCGAAAUCAUUGUGAAUUGACUUGUCCAGACAAACCACUGUCAUUCUAAUGCACUGGGAGCAGAGGAGUUUCCGCAAUUCUGUGCCAUGUGUGGAGAUGUAAAUCCCACAGGAACUGUGGUCCUGGCACCUCAGAAGACUCACAGGUGCUUCACCAUGUCAAGGCCAUCAACAUGGUGACCAUCAGGUAAAACCACACCAGAACGGUGGUUGUGAGGACUGGAGCUGUUCAAAGUGACUGGAUAGGAGCUAGUUGGAUGGAUCUUGAGGAUGUAUCCACUGUCUGUGCACCAUGAUCCAUAAUGCCCUACCCAAGAAUGCCAGCCAGUUGGGUCUGGAGUCUUAACUCCCAUUGGUAGCCCCCAUCCUAUCUAACCACUCCUUGUCAAGUGGCUAAACUGAUAAGAACUGCAUCAUAUGAUUUCCUCUGUGGAUGCCUGUUGGAUAGCAAUGGGAGUGAUUCAGUUUCCUUCACCCACUCUGUCAUCUCUCAGCCUGUAACAUAAAACCACCAAGAAAAGUCAGCCUGCUGGACCAGACCAUCUUCCAUUUCCUGACUUAAUCAGGGCCCUCGUCUUCUGCUUUGGACAGGCUUUGGCUUCUCCCAAAUUCUUGACUCUGCCUGAGGUCCAGGGCAUCAGUCAGCUGAUGCCUGGAUCAGGUUUCUUUAAUUUUCCUUUCUAUGGUAGCCAAUCCAAGUAUGGGCAUUCCCCUGGCUAUGUGUGUGCAUAUUUAUGGGGCACCAGAGAAAAGUGCCCUGCAAGAUGAAUGGGAGAGUCCUGAACCAGCAGUUCCAAGGGGAAAGUGGCUGCACUUUCCAGGGUUUUGAGGAGGGGGUGUCGGAUGGCUUGGGGGUGCCCAGAGCCUGGAGGCAAGAAGCGAGCCCAUGCUUAGGACCUGGGGUUCCGCCUGUCCCUUGGGGUUGCAUGCUCUGUUGGAUUGGUAAUACUGUGUGAGUGUUGCCUGUGAAAUAAACACACCUGAUGUUUCUGAACCCUGAA